UCUGUGAAAUGUUGAGUCUAUCUUAUGUAUCGUUCGUGACAGAAAUAAUAUUGACGUGGAUAAUUAAACUGUUAUAAUAAUAAUACAACGAUUACGCACAGGAAGAGCGUGGUUAAAUUAACAAGCUACUAAACUCAAGUCUGUUAUAAAUAUGUUCAUCUAUUGCAAUCUCUUUUAUAUUGUUUGCAGCUAAAAUAAAGUGAUGUACCUUAUGCAACGUAAUUGUUACGUUACCUCCAAGUGAACGUCAGGACAUUUUGUUUCUAUCAAGUUUUAUAUUUAGACAUCUGUUGUUGUCUAAAUAUACAUCUUCAAUUCACCUGUUAAUUAAUGUUACUCAGGCAAUUCAUAAACAAAUUUAUUUUGUUCGAUGUAUUAUUUCAUUAAAUUGACAAUUUUUUAAAGAUCUCGAACAUUCGCAACAAAUUGUCAGUAAUAAGUUCAUUGUUUUCGGUAUUUGCAUGUGAAAUGGCCUGGCCCGGAAGAUUUCAUGCAAAAAGCAAUAGUGAUCUUAUGCAAUAUCUUAAAAGAUCAAAAGUAAUUAAAUCUGAUAGAGUGUACGAAGCAAUGUCUUCUGUAGAUAGAGGAAAUUACUCUGAUUCCAGUUAUGUAUACAUAGAUUCUCCACAAGGAAUUGGUUAUGGUGCUACCAUAAGUGCUCCUCAUAUGCAUGCAUAUGCCUUGGAAUUACUCGAAGAGAAACUACAUAACGGUGCAAGAGUAUUGGAUGUCGGGUGUGGUUCUGGAUAUCUAACAGCAUGUAUGGCUAAGAUGUUAGGACCAAACGGUUUGACUGUAGGUAUCGAACAUAUUCCUGAAUUAAAAGCAUUUGCGGAGGAAAAUAUUCGGCGAGGUAACCCGGAAUUGCUGCAAAGUGGUCUUAUCGAAUUAGUUGUUGGAGAUGGGAGAUUAGGAUAUCCUGAGAAAGCACCGUAUGAUGCUAUUCAUGUAGGCGCGGCAGCUAAAGAAAUGCCACAGGCUUUGAUAGAUCAACUAGCUCCUGGAGGACGUUUAGUAUUACCAAUGGGUCCAGAAAAUUCGGAUCAAACGUUAAUUCAGGUCGAUAAAACAUUGGACGGAAAAAUCAAGAAAAAGUCCCUUACCAGUGUUGUUUUUGUUCCAUUAACUAGUAAAAACAAACAGUAUCCUUCAUGAGAGAUAUGCAUGCUCCAGUAAGUGAACAUUUUUUUUUUUUAUGUUACGAGUAAAAGCAAACAUUUAAAAAAAGAAAUUAUCUGACUUGUAUUUAAAAACAUAUUUAAAUUACUUCCAUAUUAUAUGUAUUUAUACAUUUUACUUUUAUGUUGUAUAAAUCAUGUAUUUCUAGUCAUAAAAAUCUGUAAAAGUUUGAAAAUAUUUUACGUGUAUACAAAUAGAGAUGAACAAUUUUUUAUGGCACGCUGAAGUAAGAUGUAUAAUUAUA